CAACCGGAAGCGGAAGUGCGGCGCCGCUACCUGCCCCCGGGCGGCGCGAUGGAGACGCAGCGGCACCGCGGGCUGUACAAGGCGGCGGCCGCCCCGGCCUGGAAGGAGGCCUACCGCCGGCGCUGCCUGGAGCGGCUGAAGAGCAGCCGGGCGCAGCUGCUGGCCCGCUACCGCCGGGCCGGGGAGCAUGGGCGCGGCCGGGCGAGGGGCGCGCUGCUGGCCCGGGAGGUGAUGGAGGAGGAGUGGCAGGCCCUGCGCUCGGCGGGCACCGGCGGGAAGGAGGCGCUGUCGCAGAUGUUGGAGGACCCUGAUGAAUUAGCCGUGCUGGAGGAAAUCCAACAAGAGCUGAUCUUUCAAGAACAAUUAACCAUAGAAGAAUACGAACAGAGUUUGCAGUUUGAUGAAAAAUGUCUCAACGCAAUGCUUGAUGGCUUGGAUGCAGGGAGCAAGGUUAUCUGUCCCGUGUGUAAAAGGAAUGACCUGACUGUGAUGAGUCACUUGGUUUUAUGCCAGUGUGGAUUACACAUCUGCACAAAGGUACGGCAAGAUUCAGAUGUUAUGCAACUCCUGGGAGUUCAUAGCAUAGCCACCCCUGCCUAGACAGCUCCUGUCUGAGUGAGGCUGAUGUAGUGCAGUCACACUUGCACACCCCUGCUCUUGGUUCUCAGCACACAAGCAAUCUCAGUGAUGUGUGCUGUAUGUGAUGAUGAGAUGGGUACUCAGAGCUGUGGUUCUCAAGCUAUGGCCUCUUUGGAGCCCAUAAAAUGGAGCAGCUGGAGGACCAAGCUGUACAGGACUGGGAACAGAUACAGGCCUGUAUGUUCCCUCUCUGCAAUAAGCAAAAAGUAGAAAUACAAUGUAAAUCUUUGAAUCCCCAAAUGAAUCAUGCAGUGUGCAUCAAGAGAAAAAUAAAAAAUGCUGCUAGUUUGCCCAGUUGUAGCAAACCCACCGAAGGUAACUGAACUAUAAGCCAUUCAUCUUGUGCCUUCAAGAGAACUUGAAGAGUUAUUUGUUUUAGGGUAUGACAGAACAGAAGCUCCGAUCACUUCUAGAAGACAGUUUAACAGAGCAUGGCCAUCGUUGUCUUCACAAUCCUGAGUUUUCCAUUAC